GGCGGGGCGGGGCGGGGCGCCGGUGACAGCGCGGCCAUGCUGCGCAACGGGGCGGCGGGCGGCGGCGGGGCCGCGGCGGGCGGCGGCGGCCACCGGCCCGUGCGCGUCUGGUGCGAUGGAUGCUAUGACAUGGUGCACUAUGGCCACUCGAACCAGCUGCGCCAGGCUCGGGCCAUGGGCGAUUACCUGAUCGUUGGGGUCCACACGGAUGAGGAGAUUGCCAAGCACAAGGGUCCCCCCGUGUUUACACAGGAGGAGAGGUACAAAAUGGUGCAGGCCAUCAAGUGGGUGGAUGAGAUUGCUCCUGGAGCUCCUUAUGUCACCACACUGGAAACCCUGGACAAGUACAGCUGUGACUUCUGCGUGCAUGGGGAUGACAUCACCUUAACUAUCGAUGGCAAGGACACCUAUGAGGAAGUAAAGACAGCAGGGCGAUACAGGGAAUGCAAACGCACCCAAGGCGUGUCCACCACUGACCUUGUUGGCCGCAUGCUGCUCAUGACUAAGGCUCACCACAGCAACAUAGAUGAGGACCUAGACUAUCGGAAGCACACUGACAACUUUGGGAAGGGGCCCAAAGGUCACAGUCCCUGGACUGGCGUCUCACAGUUCCUGCAGACAUCCCAGAAGAUCAUCCAGUUUGCAUCAGGGAAGGAGCCACAGCCAGGAGACACCAUCAUCUAUGUGGCUGGAGCCUUCGACCUGUUCCAUGUUGGUCAUGUGGAUUUCCUGGAGAAGGUUCACCAGUUGGCAGAGAAACCCUAUAUCAUUGCUGGGCUGCAUUUCGAUCAGGAGGUGAAUCGCUACAAAGGGAAGAACUAUCCCAUCAUGAACAUCCAUGAGCGAACCCUCAGUGUCCUGGCCUGCAGGUAUGUCUCAGAGGUGGUGAUUGGAGCUCCCUACGCUGUCACUGCUGAUCUGUUGGAUCACUUCAGGGUAACACUUGUUUGUCAUGGGAUGACUGAGGUGGUGCCAGACAAGGAUGGUUCUGAUCCAUAUGAGGAACCGAAGCAACGUGGCAUCUUCCAGCUGGUGGACAGUGGCAGCAAUCUCACCACAGAUCUAAUUGUGCAAAGAAUCAUCAAGAACAGGCUGGAGUUUGAAGCUCGCAACCAGAAGAAAGAAGCGAAAGAGCUGGCAGUGCUGGAGGCCAUGAGAAGGCUGGAGGAGGAGAAGCACUAGGCUGCAGAGUGUGGAUGUAUGAGCCACAGAGUGCUGUAACUUCACCCUCUGGUAGAGCAACUGCUCUUCAGGAAAGGACCCCUGAAGGGGGGCAGCACUGCUGGCACGCAGGACGUGCUGUCCUACCCUCUGCUGUCCUAGCUCCUGCACUAAUUAUGCAGAUGUAACGAGUUGGGAUUCCGCUGCCUAGUUUUAUCUCCGUUAAUCAGUCCCCAUCCCUUUACCCAGGAGGAGAUCUGACAAAAAAAAAGAAAAAAAAGGUUUUAAUUAUAACUAAUGUUUUAACAUGUU